AUGGGGUGUGGUGCUAGACAAUCUGGAGAUCUAGGUUCCUCUGAUGACGCCCUCGAUGGGAUACUUGGUUUUGGGAAAUCAAAUUCAUCCAUGAUUUCACAGCUAGCUUCAUCUGGAAAAGUGAAAAAGAUGUUUGCACAUUGUUUAGAUGGUGCAAAUGGUGGUGGUAUUUUUGCAAUGGGGCAUGUUGUUCAGCCGAAAGUUAACUCAACGCCAUUGGUUCCAAACCAGCCACAUUACAAUGUCAACAUGACGGCAGUUGAAGUUGGUCUUGAUUUUCUGCAUCUUCCAACAGAUCUGUUCACGGCUGGAGACAAGAAAGGGACAAUAAUUGACAGUGGUACAACCUUGGCUUAUCUUCCAGAAGUGAUUUAUGAUCCAUUAGUGAAGAAGAUACUUGAUUGGCAGUCUGAUUUGAAGUUACAUACCCUUCACGACCAGUAUACAUGCUUUGAAUACUCUGGCAGGUACGGUGCUUAA